AUGCGACAAAGAUCCAGCAAGAUGAAGAUCCGAGCUUAUGAUUCGCAAAUGGUUUCAACAGAGCAUGCUUUGAGAAAGCAAAAGAGACUAGCAUGCCAAAGCUGUAGGAGGAGGAGAAGAAAAUGCAGUCUAGACACACCUUGUACCAAUUGUGUGCGCUACGGUGUAGAGUGUUUGAAGGUUGAGCAGGACCUGAGAAAGAAAAAGCAUUCAAUGACAUACGUGAAAUCCUUGGAGAAUCACAUAGCACAUCUUGAAGCUGCUAUCGAGAAGAUGCGAUCAUCCCGCAAUUCCGACGAGCGAGAUAACAUACUUGAGUCUAUUUCUGUAUCUGACAUCGAAGGAAAUCCUGCAUUGUCCGAUUCUUCUAGCAUUGAGCCCGUGGGAAAUUCAUCGCAACUGCCGCAGGUUAGCGGAAGCAUCUACCCAAAUAACUCGCUUACUCUAUCCAGCAAGACUCGCGCUCCUGUAACAGACGAUCCUCUAGAGGGUACACCUCGAGUGGUUCGCAUGAAGACGCUUUCUCGAAGUCCGCUCAUCUUGCGUGCACUAUCCCUCUUUUUCAAGUGGGUCUACCCGGGUCAUUACACUUUCAUUCAUCGAGAGACGUUUCUGAGCGCUUUCUUUGAAGACCCAUCGACGAAGGCCUACUACUGUUCAGAAGAACUAGUGUUUGCAAUAGCUGCAUUAGGAGCGAUGGUCUCGGAUCGCACGGAAGAGCUGUUUCUAAAUGCGUUUAAUUAUUAUAAUGUAGCAAAGAAACGCGUACUCAAAAAAAUAUUCCUACUUGAUGAUAGCAGCCUAGUAGGAUCUACCUCAUCGUCAAAGCUCGCAAUCGUGCAAACCCUUCUCUGUCUUGCAUUCUUCGAUAUAGGGAAUGGUGAAAAUCCGACAGCAUGGUAUUUAUCAGGUUUAGCUUUCAGAAUAGCGCAUGAGAUUGGUUUGCAUUUGAAUCCGGAGUCCUGGAGCAAUGUUUACGAAGAUGAACUAUCUCAUUUGGAUAUUGAAGUCAGAAGCAGAAUCUAUUGGGGUUGCUAUAUCGCAGAUCACUUAAUUUGCGUUCUCUUUGGAAGAUCUGCAUCACUGCGGCUGUCAAAUUCAACGGUGCCCGAGACCGACGAGUUGCCCGACAUUGAAACGGGGAUUGAGGAUUACCUAUACGAUCCUAAAGCUAUGCUGUCAAUGGCGAAACCUUUAAAAAAGCUUAUUGUUCUUUCAAGAAUCACAGAGCUCUUUGCGAGCAAGAUAUUUAUCCAAACAGAAUCUUUGUCCCAGAGGAGUGAGCAUCUGAGUAAGUUUAACCUCGAGAUAUAUAACUGGCGCAUGGAUCUCCCUGAUGAAUUGAAGUGGAGUAUAGCAGCAUUACGGACCACGGUCGAUUUUAACCCAACAGUGUGCUACGUUUGGUAUCAUUAUUAUAUUGUUCUUCUUUCUUACAACAAGCCAUUCAUUGAUGAACUAGAGCAUAGCCGAACUAUUAUUGAAGAAACCAUCGAAGAGUUGUAUUGGCUUCUAGUAGCCUUCAAGGCAAAGUUUGAAAACUUCCAAAAAUGUAAUAUUUACAUGGUAUACUGUUCGAUUUUAGCAAUUCAAUGUAUCAAGACUGGAGCAAUAAAAAAAGAUUAUCUGGCUGAGUUGAUGGACUUCUUGGCAUCACCAUCUUUGAAUUACGAACUAGCAAAGAAGAUCAUGGACAAUGAAGUCAGCACAGAGGUAAAUGAUCUAUUUGGGACACUUUCGAAUGGUAAUGAUUUUGCGUUGGAGUAUAAUUUUGACUUCACGUUGUUAAAUGAAAUCGAUACGCUGAUCGCUGGUAAUUCGAACAGUAUAGUGUAG